AUGUCUGCAUACCCCGAGAUCCCCCAUACUACGACGCCCGCUCCAGUUUACAGUGAAGCUCCCGAGCUCAUUCACCCUACCCCAAUCCACCAGGGCGCCAGUCAAGCCCCAGCCCCAAUCUCACCAGAACCUACCGGCCAGUCUCAACCAGACAUGCAGAACCAACCUCCCUUCGCCAAUCGGGAAACGCAAUACCCAUUCCAACCCGAUUCCGUUGGCGAGGUCCCACGCUACGACACGAACCCUGCAUCACCCCGCGAAAAGGACUACCCAAACCAGCCCCAGGGCCAGCCACAGCAAUUCUACACGCCGUCGGGUCACCCGAGUGGGUACAUGACUGCCGUGCCUCUGCACGCCGUCCAGUCUGCGCCAUGCCCCGUUGAUUGCCCGGUUUGCGGACAGCGCGAAAUGACGCGCACGAACCCAGUCUCUGGUGGAACUACACAUGGCUGGGCUGCGAUCCUUUGCUUCUGCUGCUGCCUUGGAUGUAUUCCCUACCUGAUGUCCUCGCUCAAGGAUGUCGAGCAUUCCUGUGGCAAGUGUGGUGCCAAGCUUGCGACUUGGCACAACAGCGGGCGUGUGCAGGUUAUGCAGAAUGGGCCUAGGAAAUAG